GGUGCGUAGACCAUUCGCGUGUUUUUUAUGAUAUGCGUGUGUGUGCUUGUGAGAUGGUUAGACCUAUCCAAACUAUCGCACACACAUGCACAUCGAUUCUCGAGAUUGGGUUUGGAUAGGACCUUCCCGGAUGGGGUGUUUGUGCUGGACCCGUUUUGUAUCAUGACUGAACUGUUGGCCAUUCCGAUUCUCUUGCCGGUGUGGUUCUUUCUUUCUUUCUUUCUCGGCGUGUGCGUGCACAGUAUCGUAUCGUAUCGUAUCGUAUCGUAUCGUGGACCACGCGGGCAGAAGGGUUAGCUCAUCGCGAUAACCGGGGGUUAAGCUAUAUUCCUGGCCGAAAUGGGCUCUUGGGCAGAUCGUGAGUUGUAGCCUUCUGGUCGGGAUGGGGAUGCCAGCUAUUAUCGUGUUCGAGUAUAGAGUACUCGAGUAUAAUAUGAUAUAGUAUUUGCGCCAUAGGAGAGGAGGUUCGGAUAUACGCUAGGCAUCUGCGAGAAAAACGGACCCUAUUAUACGGGCUUAGAUAAUUUAAUUCCACCUCGGUACAAUACAAUGGACUUGUUUUACGGGUACGAUACCAAAAGUACAGUUCAACGAGCGGGGUCCGAAAUAAAAUAACCUCCCCCCCCAAGUGUUCAACUCGAGACUCAUUAUCAUACAUCUCGAGUACUCUAAAUAGUCCCUGCAGCAGGGGGAAGUUGGUGAAAUGAUUUGUUUUCAUCAUACGCCGGAACGUCGAAUCCGGUCUAUAAUUCGGUACGAGUGCAGUACUCGAACUACUAGAUUUUUGAUUUUUUUUUUUCAACUGUGGCACAACCACCUCCCACAUUCAGUCACUAUCUAUAAUACCCUCCGCACCCACAGAUUUUCGAUUAUUAAUAUUAUUAUUAUUUCUGUCAGGAGUGUGGGGGGGAGGGGAUUUUCACGCAGUCCCAGAGUUUCGAACCGGUCCAACCAAUGCUGUCAUUCCUGUAACCACAAUGGGGAUUGUGGGGAUGGAAGAGCAACGGUUUAUAAUGCGCGGGUAGAGAGGGAGGAGAAGAAAAAAAGGAAAAAACAAAAAUACGGAGCUCUCUGGGUGAGUGAGUGGGUGGGGUUUUUUUUGUUUCGGGCGAAGUUCUGGGCGAACGUGUUAGGGGGUAUACAUCAUAGUUUCCGAUUGCAAGAAAGAAAGAAAGAAAACGUGGCGAGGCCCGGCGUGAGGAGGAGGAGGCCAUUUCACUAGUAUAUAUCAUGCUUUUCGCGGGAGGGAGGUUGUCGUAUUGUACUUGUAUUAUAUCUGACCCCGGUAAGUUAGCGGUACUGUAGGGCCUGGCGGGCAGAGCAUUGUAUGUACGAUAUGAUAACUCUGCGGGCGGUUGGUUUCGACACCAUAGGAUGGUUUAAAUUAGCCAACAUCCCCCCCCCCCCUCCCUUUCCUAUCCUAACAACCAAGUUGCAAUGACAUUAUAAUUCUGGGCCAUAGAAUAGCGCGUCACGGACUCUCACUCGAUGCCCGUUCUUGGUCACUUUUGAAUUGCGAAAAGCGGAUUUGGACGCGCAGUGUGGUGGUUCGUCCACCGCUGUGCUCAAAACACCAGAGUAUGCAACCUUAAUGGACGCAGAUUACUAUUAUUUUGAGGAACCGGGGGUGUAUUUAUAUCGGGGCUCAUUUCCAACCCCGGGCGGGUUUUUCUGUCACCAUCUUAUUAUACUUCUACACUCAUCCUGUAACUUGCGCUCUCCAUUUCUCCGUCUUCUCCUUCCACUUCCACACUCGAUAAACUGCCCACGGACCAAAAAUGCCAUCACUUUCCUCAGAAGAUGUACAGGGGGGACCCCGCGAAUACGUUCGGCUAUGUGAGAAGAGUCAGGCGGAAGAGGGAGAAGGAAAUAAAGUAUCCCUUGGUGAAUCUCCAAUCGAGCUGGAAUCUCAUGGGUUCGCGCGAACUUGUGAACACCCUUCUGCUUCUAGGAGGGGUACUUCACGCCGCUGUUCAGACCGCGAAGCUGGGGAUGGGCUAUUAGGUAAUGGUGCGGAUAUAGACAUGGGGAAACAAUCCAGUCUUGAACCCCGCCAAGAUGGGGAUUACAGCAGCCAUGACACCCUCGCAUGCCUGCCGAGUACUCUUGCCGCCAGGGAAAGCACCGCGAGUGGACAUGGAGAUGCCGAUACACUAGUUCUUCAAUUCCGAGUGCGGAUUAAGCAUGGUGAGUCAUAAAACCCGAUUCAGUGGUGACCGGGGACGAUAGUAACAGCAAAUGUAGGUGCCGAGGCUGAGUGCGAGGUCAAGUCCUGGAGAUACAAUGGUGCACGCUCGGGUUCUGGCUCUAUAGGUGAGCUCAGUGAUGCUUGUGCGGUUUCGAUCACAUCGUACGAAGGACCUAUGUCCGAUGGCGAUGACGAUGAUGUAGAGGAGGAUAUUGUGAUCAGAGUAUCUCGCCACCGCCGUGGGCUGCAUGAUUCUGGGGGGCACAGUGAGGGGUUGGAUAGGGGGAAUGGUCAAGUUACUGUCGAGUACUUUGUUCAUCCUUCUAGAGGCGGCGAGGGCUAUGCCGGACCCAUCGGUGAUCUUCCUACUACGGUUUCCAGGGCUCGUAGCGUUUCGCCCGGUGAGAAGCAGGUCCUGCAUAGGGAUAGAGAGGCCGGGUUGUAUCAGCGAAAGUGUGUUUUCUGUAUGGCUGGGUUGGAGGAUAGCGGCUGUGUAAUCCUCAGUGAGUCUGAUCGGGCAAUUGCUAAUUAGUGUUUGGCCUGUGUGUGUGCUGUACUGUACACAAGUGGUGUCCUACUGUAGCAAGUUAGCAUUGGGUUUAUAUAUGUUGCUCCAAACUGUUUUUUAUUUAUUUAUUCUGUCAGAAUUAUCAUACCGGGACCGGCACGCUAGGAAGGUUUUCCCUACCGGCAUAUCUCACUUAUGACACGGUAAUGGCAUUUCAUUAUCCUACCAACCUAGAUAUUUUGGCAGGGCGCCAUAACGGCAAUCCUUUCACACCACGGAUAUAAAUUUACCAUUGCGUCCGAGUGCUGGAGUAUGAUACGAUCCAUUAGAAUCUACCGGUGUAUUACAAGGCGGUUCUCAAAACAGCCGGACCAGUUGGAACGGAAAAACUUUAAAGAGGGUAAGGGCAAAGACCCUAAAAAUCAUAGUCACUAAUUUCACAAGAGUAAAAUAUUCUUUAGGACUAGGAUGAGGGUAAGAUAGGACGGAAUUUAAGAAAAUAAAGAACCAUUGAAAACAUUAUGAAAUAAAAGGGAUUCAAGAAUAUGGUAGAAAUUUAAAAAAAAAAUUAUUUUCAAGAUUGUAUAUUAUAUAAUAGCUACAGAAAUCUAUCAGAACACUUUAACUGUGGCAAGGUUCGUGCUAAUUGUGUAACUGCAAGCAAUUGCAAAUCUUGCAGCAUAUUUACAACAUGUUUAAUCAUUUAAUACCAGGUUCAGGACAACAUCAGAUUUGAAAACACUACUGCUCCCAGUCCUGUAUCUAUACCAAAAUCAUCCCAUUCUAUUUCCUACAACCUAUAACUUAUUUGCUCUAGUCUCUCAAUAUUGUAGUAUUUCAACUACUUAAU